GGCCUUCGGAAGGCUUCAACGGUGGCGUCAUUAUCAAAACUGCUUCCUGUGGUGUGGCCCACUUGAGCCUUGGAUCUGCCUCAUUUUUGGAAAUACACCUUAAAAUGAUCUGUUAAAAUGUAUGGACGGCGUAGAUAAAACACAUGAAUCACGGUGGGCCUCACAUAGCCCCUGGACCGAGUCCUUCCAUGUAGGGACACGAGUCACACGACGCAAUUCCAGUCUUCUCCACCCUAGCUUUGAUUGCCGCAUUUGUGUUUUUUCCAUGUUCGGCCUGCGUCCGUACAAAACCUUAUUUAUGAGAGAAUUCCCAUUUUCAAUCCCACCCUUCAACCCUGCUGUGCAAAAGCCUAAACUCUUCCUCCAUUUUCAGAUCAUCUCUUCUUCAAAGAUGGAAGAUGGAAAUGUUCACACCAUCAAUAAAGAAUACCAGAGAGAAAUUGAUGUCUCAAAAUUUUCAAAAGAAACCAGGAUUUCUUCCGAGCGGUGGCACUGCUCUUGCUAUCCCAUUUGCGGAUUCUCAAAGCAGGCAAAGCACAAGCUAGAACAUGAAGAACGGAACAGAUCAGCAAAGAAAGUAUUAGGAGUUAUAGUGCUAUGUCUACUCUUCAUGGUUGUAGAGAUUAUAGGAGGUGUGAAGGCCAACAGCCUUGCAGUUCUAACAGAUGCAGCGCAUUUGCUAAUGGAUGUUGCUGGAUUUGCAAUCUCUCUUUUCACUAUUUGGGCUUCGGGAUGGGAUGCAACGCCCCGUCAAUCAUACGGGUUUUUCCGCAUUGAAGUUUUGGGAGCAUUGCUAUCAAUGCAGCUGAUUUGGUUAAUAGUUGGGUUCUUAAUCUAUGAGGCAAUUGAUAGGAUUCUUCACAAGAAUUCUACAGUUGAUGGGAAGCUCAUGUUCGUCGUCGCAGCAUUUGGGUUCAUCGUCAAUUUGAUCAUGGUAGUGUGGCUUGGUCAUGAUCAUGGUCAUGCCCAUGAUCAUGACCAUGUUCAUGCCCAUGAUCAUGACCAUUGUGGGACACAUGCUAGUUUUGGUAGCAACGAAGAAGCGGGAGAGAUGACUAUCCUUCUACCGAAUUCUCCGAAGAAGCAUCGACACGAGAUCGGCAAUUGUUGUCAGCACAAACAAGUUGUUUCUGAUCAAUUGGAAGACACUGAUUACAGUGGGGAUGUGAAACAGAACCAUGUAAUUCAAAUCAAGGGCGGCCAGAAGAAGAUGCCCCACAAGAACAUGAACAUUCAAGGUGCAUACAUGCAUGUUGUAGGUGACCUGAUUCAGUCUGUCGGAGUGAUGAUCGGUGGCGCCAUCAUAUGGGCAAGGCCUACUUGGCUGAUGGUUGAUUUGAUCUGUACUCUGGGCUUCUCUGUUCUUGUAGUGUGGACAACCAUAAGCAUGCUUAGAAGCAUAUUAGAUAUAUUGAUGGAGAGCACACCAGACGAGAUCGAUGCUGUUAUGCUUGAAAGCGGCAUCAAAAGUAUUCACGGUGUCCGUGGGGUCCACGACCUACAUGUUUGGGCCAUAUCGCCAGGGAAAAUAUUACUGGCUUGUCAUGUAACAGUUGAACCAGAUGAUGAUUCGAACAGAAUUCUUCUCAACAUUAGAAAUUACUGUGAAGAAACAUACAAAAUCAGUCAUAUUACAGUACAGAUUGAGAAAGAGGAAACCACAUUAUAAAUUGGAUAAUUGUUGGUUUGAUGAGUAAUGUAGAUUAAAUUGCAA